CCAGCUUUGGCAUUACUAUACAAAAUUUCGGGACAGAUCAACCCAGUGGGCCUAGCAAAUAGGACCGUGAUUUGCAAUAAUUCAGAGUCAGUCCGUUCAAGAACCUUCCAGUAACUAGUUCGAACAGCAUAUAAACUUGCUGUCGCUGCAGCCGUGUUUGUAUACAGAACCGAACACCCGACGAACUACGACGCAGUAGUCGAGAGCUCCAAAUUUUUAUAAACUAUCACAAAAAUUCGCAGCAACAAGUUAAACGAGAAAUAUAACGCGUUAGUGAAACGAAAUAUAUUAAAGAAAAAUCGACAGAAACUAUUGAAGAUAUUGCGAAAAUGCCGGAAAAGCUCUUGAAAAUCACCUAUCAGGGAGCCGCUAUCACUGGUCCUCCGAAGAAAAUUAAUGCAUACUUGCGUAUGCCCUCUCAGAAUUACACCAUACUGCGCCGCGAAAUAGAGCUCUAUCUUUUCCAAGAACGUCAGUUGCCAAGAUGCGAUAUUAGGACCUUCUGGAUUGAUAACGAUCAGGAUGAAAUCGAAAUUGUCAACCAAAAUGACUAUGAGAUUUUCCUGGCCAAAUGCGAGAACAAUAUGCAUGUACAGGUGGCGCCUUUAAUGCCCGUUGAAGAGGAGCCGAAUGCCACCAAGCAGGAAAGCAAUUCUUCGGCUCCGUCCGUCGAUGAUCCGAGUAAUUUUACUAUCCAUGACUCCGUCGAGUGCGAUGGCUGCGGAUUGGCUCCGUUGAUUGGAUUUCGCUACAAGUGCAUCCAAUGCAGCAACUUUGAUCUUUGCCAGAAAUGCGAGGCGGCCCACAAGCAUCCUGAGCACUUGAUGAUUCGCAUGCCGACGAACAAUGGUCCCAGUACAAUCGAUGCCUGGAUAACCGGGUCGAAUCCGUUGGGUCGACGCUGUAGUCGCCGUUCCAGAGGUCAUUGUGUAUUCCAGGAGGCAGCCCAGGCAACACCAACUGGUGAGUCCUCCAAAGACAGUCGUCGAGAACGUCGUCACCACCGUCGCCAUGGUGGUGUCUUGUCUCAAUUUAUGGAGAUGAUGACUAACUUACCGCUAAACGAAACUGCGGCCACUGCACAGGCAAAACCAGCUGUACCGGAAAAGCCCAAGGCUCCAGAACCAUCACCAAGUGCUCCCCAAGCUGAGCCAACUGUAACUGCUCAAAAGUCAGCCGAAACCGAGGCCAAACCAACUGAGCCGAAGAAGAACACCGCUCCAACUGAUCCCUCCUCCGAGGACCCAGUGACUACUCCACGCUCCACAGAGCCAACUACUCCAGUGAUCAAUCUAGAGAACCUGUCGCAGAUCGUGCCACCCGAGUACAUGCGCGCUGGUAUCGAAAUCCUAAACAAUUUCAGCGAAAUGUUUGCCAAGAUGAUCGAUCCCACAGAGGCAGGUGAUUCGGGAAUAUUUGCUCCCUCAAUGACUCCUAAUACUGAGACCAAGCAACCGGAGGAGAAGGCUCAAUCACCAUCAACUUCGGCCAGUCAGUCGGCUGCUCCCUCGGCUGCUUCAUCAGCUGCUCCAUCAGUUGCUCCCUCAGCUGCCCCAUCAGGUGCUCCCUCAGCUGCUGCCUCAGCUGCUCCCUCAGCUGCUCCCUCAGCUGCUGCCUCAGCUGCUCCCUCUGCUAAUCCAUCUAUUUCUGGAUCCAUUUCUGAUGCUCCUCUUGAGACAGAGCCAUUAAUUCCCAAGCCAGCUGAGGCUGAAUCAGUUUCGGUUUCGACCAGCAAGCCGGAGGAAGAAAGGCGCCAUUCAGACAGCUUGGACCCGGACUGGCAGGUUAUCGACAAUGCUUACUCUGCAAACAACAGCAACUUGAUCAAUCUGGACACAACCAAUCCCACAGCUGCUCCACAGCAGCCGGUGCGUGACUUUGGUCAACUGGGCGAACUUCUGCGUCAGCACAUUAAUGAGGAGGCUCGUGUGGAGCAAGCAACAGCCAACACCCAGACUUCUCAAGUAGAUACGGUGAGUACGUCGACUUCGACCACAUCGGUGUCCACCAAUAGCGUCGGCACUUCUCCAGCAGCUCCCGAGGGAAAGCGCGGCAUCCCCGUCUACCAUACUGAUGAACGCAUCAAUCAAUCAAUCCAUGCCAUGAUGGCAAUGGGUUUCAGCAACGAGGGCGCCUGGCUCACCCAGCUUCUGGAGUCGGUUCAAGGCAAUAUUCCAGCCGCAUUGGACAUCAUGCAUGUCUCGCAGAACCGCAACUAAAUAUGCAUAUUCAAUAUCCAUAUAUCUAUUAUGUAUCUUCAAUAUUUAUAGGACCCAAAGAAAAAGGGAUUUUAUUUUAUCGUAUCUGUUUACUAAGUAGCUUUAGUUUUUUGUCUAUGGUGCUUGAUAAUAAUCGUACCAAAAAAAAAAAGUGAAAAUGUGUGUAUUUUAUGUUUUAAAUAAUCAACAAAAUAUCAUAUGUAUGUGAAAUUACAAUAAAGGCACAAAGUCAAAAUGA